AUGUGUUACAGUAAUUUUGAUAGUUGUCUAAAAUUUACAACACCAGACCAGCUCGCAGCCUACUCAAACAAGGUCCUCUGCAAGGAAGUGUCAAUGGAAUGUCCCAUAUAUAAUGCUGUAGUCACAUGCGCUUGCAAAGCAUCUUCGAGUUGCAAUGAAAUUGCGACAACGAAUGCAAUUGCUCUGCCUACAUCAGCUAUUGCAAAGGUUGUUAACCCGACGAUGUCAGCAGUUGCCUAUAGAAUUUCCACAGUUUUAUUUCACAGUGGAAUUAGUCAUGUGGAUGUACAACAUUUGAAUCGGUUGGGAAUUUGCAUGUCUUCCGAUAGCGUCAUAAAUCUGCACAAGAGAAUGGGUGAAAACUUUGAUUAUGCAGCCAAAAAAUGGAAAAAGGAGAUAGAAGAGAACAAUUCUACAUUGCUUUUUGUAAGGGAAAUAGAGGGAAAGAUGUUAAACCGUAGCAAUGAUAUGCAUUUGGACACAACUCUAAACCUGGAUGAGGAUUCUUUAAAAGCGUUAAAGUACUGUACUCCAGAAGUGUAUGACAGGACAUUACCAUUGCUGGAAUCUGAAAGACAACGCUUGGGUGAAGACACAUUGAAUGAAUCAUGUUUUAAUGGCAGUGAAAGCAAAAUUGCAAAAUGCAAAACUUCCAAUAUACAAGUAAGUUUAUAUCCUAAUGUAAAUCACAGUCACCAUUAGGUAACAGGGAGUUUUAAAAAAUGACAAAGGAAAGUCCUACACCCCUAAUUUUUGCCAGAGUGCUCAAACAUUGCAAAGUCACUAAUUGACACAAAAUUAUUUUAUUGUAUUCACCCUUUAAGUGCUAUGUGCCCUGACACGCCCUAAUUUACUUUUUUACUCUGUCUAAUUCCAGACGAUCUUACUUGUCAGGGAGAGAGUGCCACUCAAUUGGCUGAAACUCCAGCUUGUUUUCUCCUUUUCGAGAUGCCCUGUAUCCGAGUGUGGGAAUAAAUAAACAGGUUUAAAGGUUUUGCAACUCAUUAAUAAUAUGCCCUCCUUAUCUGCACCCUAAUUGGGCAUACACAAUUUGUAAUGUUGAACUGAAUUAUUUAUUUUGUUAAGAAUUGUAUCAGACAACAUCGAUCAUGAAGUUUAUGCAUGAAUUCAGACUAAAGAUCAUAAUAACCUAUCAAUUCAUUGGACACAUCAGUAUGCUGUACGAGAUAAAGUUGUUAAUCCUACCCUGGAAACUUCAUCACCACAAGUAGACCCUGAUGAUCUUCAACUGUCAGCUAUUUUGCCUGAUAGAGGUGUCCAGCAGAAUAUGGUUCACCAAUGGGCAGUUUUUGUUAGUAGAAUAGUGACAAAGUAUAUCCCCGCUUUCCAGAACUUUCAAAAGGAUGUCAUCUGGCACAUUCCACAUGAAUUCUCAAAUGAAAUGUCUGUAAAAUCUGACAUGGUAAGAGGUCUUAAGGAAUCAAUGUGAAAAUCAAUGAGAAUAAUGCACAGUUGAAUAUAUCCUAACCUUUUAACUCCCCGGGAAUCUACUAAAAAUUCAUGAAAACUUCUGCUCUCCUAAUUUUUAUUAAAUUCUCCCAAUUUUUUUUAGAAUAUUCAGGAAAUAUCGUCUUUACCUUUUUUAUUAAGUUACUUUAUAAAUGACAACUUAUAGGAUCAUACAACAACUUAUACCCAAAAUGCAGGAAAAUUGCCAUUUCAGAUGACUCAAUUUAUAUUAUUUUUUCCUAUAAGAAUAUAUUUCAAGUCACUUAAGUUAACAAUCUCCCUAAACUUUUACCUCAAGUGGUCUUACACGAUACAUUAUGUGACACAAAGCUUAUAUAUUAGGCAUUUGGAAUCGGCAACCCAUACAUAAUCUUAUCACCAAUCAUAUUUAUUAAUAUGAUGCAUCUUACUUGAACAUUUAUAACCCGGCCACUGUCUGGUAUACAUGUAUUAACCCAGCCAUUAACCCAUUUAGCCACAAUGCGCCCCACUGUGCACCCUACUCAUAUUUUUUUUAUUUGUCUAACAGCAGACAAUUUAAUUUACUCAUCAAUGGGGAAGCUCUGUAGCUUAAUGGGUUAAUUAACAAAUAAACAGACAAUGUCUCUAGUUAACCUAUUGAUGCACAAUUCACCCCACUUAUAUUUUUUUCUUGUCUAACGCCAGACGAUUUUACUCGUCAAUGGGGAUGCUCUGCAACUUAAUGGAUCAAACUGCAGUGUGCCAUAAUGCAGUCUACUUUAUUAUUUCACUCUAUCUAACGCUGCACAAUUUUAAUCCUCAAGGGGCCAAGAACUAAAUGGGUUAAUGAAUAUAUGCUUUGUUUUAUAUCCUAUAGUGUUCCCUUGGUAUGGAAUUUCAUAACCCUAAUGUGGCAGCAGAAAUGGCCCAGAUCUUAAAAAGUUACCAGGCAAAUUAUGUUCCAUGCCUUAAUUGGGAUGACGAACAAAUAUUCCUUUCCACAGUAGCAGUACAUGGUGACCAAUUGUUUGAGGAAUGUGGAUGCAAUGUUAAGUGGACAUUCAGAGAUGGGGGAGAGUGAAUAUGAUAGAUUAGAAGGACUCCUUUCAGAGCAUGCAAAAGUAACGCUGUACAAGGUUGGUGAUGUUGAAGUUUUUGUGGCUUACUAG